AUACGGCGCAAUAGUGUGCGGAAUUCGAAGAUAUCAAGUUAAAACUAAGAUCCAGAGAUCAGUUCUAUUAUGCCAGAGCAAAUCGUAAAUAAGUUCCAUGUGGCGCCCGUUUGGUUGAACCGAGAUUACGUGGAGAAGAAGUUACGCGUGUAUUUUAAGGAUGCGAAACUGGAGCUAGAGCAACUGCAGAUACAACCAGCAACUGCUAACGGGGAGAACUAUGCCAGUGUGAUGACACGCAUCAAUGUCGAGUAUAAGGACAAAGAUCUGGUACAUCAUAAUGCCACAUUUCUUGUGAAGACUACAUUUGCUGAUAAGGAUCCGGCAGCUCAUCUCCUGGAACCAUACGGUAUCUAUGUGCGUGAAAUUAACAUGUAUGAGGAGGUGCUACCCAAGCUAGCCGAGAUUCUCAGGCAGGAGAUGGGUGAUCCGAGAAAACUGUUUGCGGCCACAAUAAAUGUUGAUCGGGAACGGGACUCGAUUAUGUUUGAGGAUAUGUCCUUGAAAAAGUACUAUGUGGCAGAUCGAAUCAAGCAAUUGGAUCGGCAGCAGACUCAAUUGGUGCUGGAAAAGCUGGCCGUGUUCCAUGCCCUCGCAGCGCUGCUCAACGAAAAGCAACCUGGGAUCUUUGCCAAGAAAUACGAUCGUUGCUUCUUUAAUCAACACACCAGAGGGUACCAACCCAUCAUGCAGAAUAUGGUAAAAGCCUUGAUCCGAUCCUUGGAAGACGACGAGGAACUGCAUCAACGCUAUGCGGGAAAGCUCAAAGGAGUUGUCGAACACAUUAUGGAAUACUGUGAACGAGCAAUGGAAACAAAGAAGAACGAUUUUGUUACUUUGUGUCACGGUGAUUUAUGGACAACGAACAUGAUGUUCAAAAAUAAUGAUCAUGGAAAGCCAGACAAUGUCCUCUUCAUUGAUUUUCAGUUCAGCGUUUGGAGCUCUCCGGCUAUUGAUUUGCAAUACUUUUUCCACACAUCCCUGCAGGAUGAUAUCUGCCAUACCGAGAUGGUUCACUUCUAUCACCAGAAACUUGUGCAGGCCUUGAAUAAGCUCAAGUUUAAGGGCCGCAUACCAACUUUAUUUGAUUUUCAACAACAAUAUCAGUCGCGUGCUUUCUAUGCUAUCUUUGCAGGCUUUUGUUUCUUGCCCUCGAUGUUGCACUCCGGAAAAGAAGAGUUUUCCAUUGCAAGGGCAAUGUCCCAUUCAAAAAUCGAUGCAGAUUUCAGAGCGAAACUUUAUAAAACUGAAAUAAUGCGAUCGAAAUUGAAGAAAUUUUUGCCAAAGUUCGAUCACAAGGGUUUGUUAGAUGAUAUGUAAUUCUGUGAUAAAAACAUAACUAAUAAAGUAAAACAUUAAUUUAUCUAUUAAAGUUU